AUGAAUUCUUUUCAUAAUCUUUUAAAUAGUAAAUAUAAUAAUGAAACCAAUGAAUCUAAAAAAAGAAAUAUAUCAAAAAUUGUUCCAACAUAUUCCUUAAAAAACAAUGAAGUAUCAAGGGAAUGUGAUAAUUUAAAAAUUAGUAUAAAUAAAAAUAUUAGUGACAUCAAUGAAGAAACUAUGAAAAAUUUAAAAAAAUAUGAAAAUACCUUAAUAAUAAAUGAUGUAAGUAAUUUUGUUAAUGCUCCUAAUAAAUAUUCAAUUGCAGCCACUUACAAAACUAAUUUGAAUUACGCAUUAAUGAAAAACAAUCAUUACAACAAUAAAUUAAAUAAUUCAUAUAGUGUAUCUAUUAAAUAUAAGAAUAAUAAUUGUAAUUGCAAUAUACAAAAAGUAAAAUUGAGAAAUACUAAUGAAAAUGAAAAAAGUUUUUUAAAAAAAAAACAAAUUAUUUCAAAGGAUUAUUUUACUAAAUUGCAUAAUGUAAAAUCUCAAAUUAGAAAUGAUAAUUUAUUAUAUUAUAAUAAAAUAAAUAACAUGUUAUAUAGAAACAAUGAUGAAUGUAAAAAAGAAAAUAAUAUUUCGAAUAUUUAUGUAAAAUCUCAUUCUAUUCGAUUAAAUAGCAUAAACGAAAAUUUGAACAAUUACAAGUUUAUGCAAAAAAUGAAAACGGAAAAAUCGUUAACUAAUAUAUGUAAAAAAAAUAAAGAAAUGAAUUCUGUUAGUGAAAUGAAUAUAAAUAGUUCUUUAAAUAAAAGGAACGAAAAUGAAAUUAUAGGAAUCCCUUUGAAUAAAUCAAUAUAUAAUAAAAAAGAUAUCAAUUUUAAUAAUAAUAAUGAUACUACAAAUAAAAUAAAACAUCCCUAUAAUUUCAUGAAUAAUGUAACACUCAUAAAAGAUAUGUAUCAAAACGAGCAUGUUUUAAAUAAAAAAUCUGAUGAAUAUUCAAAAAAUGAAAAUAAAAAUUAUGUAAUGAAAAUGAAUUCAAAUAAAAUUUUUAAUGAUCACAAUUUAGAUAAUUUAAAAAAUUCAGGAAAAAAAUAUAAUUCCAUGAAUUAUUUUAGUAAAAAUAAUAACGAAGGAAAAAUCACAAAUGUAAAUGCAUUAAAUAUUGAUAAUGAUAAAAAUUUAGUUCAAGAACAGAUAAAAAACCAUGACUACGUAGUUAAUACAAAUAAAUGCAAGUCUCCUGAUACAUAUUUGAAAGAUAAUAUUAAAUCGGAGCCAUAUAUAUCACAAUUAAUGAAUAUUAAUCAAACAAAAUAUAUCAAUAAUUACAGUAACAUGUGUUUGUCACAUAAUAAUAAAUACUUCACUGAUUCAAUAAAAAAUGGUGCAACUAAUGGUAGUAAUACUAGUCAUCACUUUAGUAAUAGUAGAGAUAAUUAUAUUAAGUACAGUUAUAAGGAUAGUGAUCAUUAUAAUAAUAUAUGUAAUAAAUGUAAUAAUCAUUGUGAUAAAAUUUCAUAUAGUGAAAAAAAUAGUGAUGAAAAAAGAUCCUAUAACACUUUUAAAAAGUAUGAUAUCCAAAAUUUAAACAAUUUGUGUGAUAAAAUAAAUAUGAAAGAAACAUAUAAAAAUUGUAGCAACAAUCAUAUCCUAAAAGUAUUAAACAAAGGAGAAAGCAUUAAUAAACAUGAUGAUAUAUCAUUAUAUAGAUUAAAUGAAGAAGAGAGAAAAAAAAAAAUCAAUUCAAAAUGUUCAGGAAGAGAAUAUGAGAAUAAUGAUAAUAAAAAAAUGAAUGAAAGAAAACCUUGUUCUGGGAUUAUAUUAGAUAAAAGAAAAAAAGGAAAAGAAUAUGAAUUACUAAAUCAAAAUAAGUAUUUUUAUAAAGAGCAAGGAAAAGAAGAAAAUUACAAAAUAAUAAAUAAUAAAGAAAAUAUUGAAAAUGUUAGACAUAAUCAAAGUUAUAUAGAAAAUGGAGAUCUUUUUCAAAACUUAAGCAAAAAUUGCUAUGUAGAUUCGAAUAAUGUAUAUAAUUUAAAAAAUAAAAGUAAUUAUUAUUAUAGUAUUAACCAUUCUAAACUAAAUAAAGAAACGUAUAAUAUUCAAAGUUGUAAUGAAACUAGUAAAAUUGAUGAAUCACAUAUUUUAAACAAUGCAAAAAAUAAAAAUUGCAAUUAUAAUAUUAAUAUACAUAAUAAUACAAUUUACUGUAAAAAGAAUAAUAUAAAUAAUAAAUAUAAUUAUUGCGAAAAUAAUUUUGAUAAAAAAGAAAAGGAAUUUAUAAAUUAUUGUAAUCAUGAUAAUAUUGGUGAUUAUAAGACUGAUAAAGUAUAUUUCAAUGAAAUUAAUAAAAUAAACACACAAAAUAAUAAUUAUAUAAAAGGAAAAAAUGAUUCUAAUAUUUGUGACUACAUUAUUAACAAUAGUGAAUGGUAUGAAAAUAAGUCAGACAAAAAAAUUGUACCUCAUGGUAUAAAUAGUAAAAUGAGUAAUAAAAAUUAUAAGGAUCAUAUAAAAAAUUAUCAUAGUGAUAAAAUAUCUAUAAUAGAUACCUAUGAUAAUGACAAAAAUAAUGAAAAAGAUGAUAUGUUAAAUAAAAUUUCUAAAGGCAUAAAUAAAGACACCAAUAACGUAAUUCAGACACACAAUACAUUAUAUUAUGAAGAAUAUAAAAGGGAUAAUAUAAUAAAUAAUUCCAACAAUUAUUAUAAAAAAAGUAUAAAAGAUAUUAAUUUAGCGAAUUGUAGUAAAAAUAAUUUCAUAACGCUAGGUUUUAACGAAGAUUUUAAAAAUAUUAAUGAUAUUAACCCUUAUGAUAAAAAAGUGAAGGGAAAUUUAUUUAAUAAAGGUAGAGAGGGAGAUCAUUUGUUAAAAAUUAUGAAAAGAAAAAUUUCAAGGAAUACAAAGGAUGAAAAGUAUUCUAAGGAAAAUUCAUAUACAGAGAAAUGUGAUCAUUACAAACAAAAUUUAGAAAAACAUUUAAAUAUUCAUAAGACUAUAAACCAAGAGAAGAAACAAAAGGAAGAAGAAAAAGAAGAAAAUAACAAUAAUUUGAAAGGAGAAAAUGAAAAAAGUGGAAAGAAAAUGAAUACUUAUUUAAAUGAUGUGGUGAGUAAUGACAUAAAUAUCUUCAUAGAAAAAAAAAAAAAUAAUUUUAAGGAAUCCAAUGAAAAGAAGAAAUAUAUUGAUACACUAGAGAAAAAUAAUUUAAAUGGUGAAAUUUUAGUCGUUGAAAAGGGUGAAACGUUGGUAAAAAAAAAAAAAAAUUAUACGAAAAUUUUAUUGAAAGAUAAUGAGCAUAUUAUAAAUGAAUCAAGAAAUGAAAUAAAAAAUAAAAUAGAUAGUGAUGUUCACUUUAUUAACAAAAAGAAAUCAGAUGAUUAUUGUAACAUAUAUGACAAAAAAAUAAAUGUCACGGAUAGAAUAAAAAAAUGUUCUUAUAAAAUAAUUAAAGAAAAUAAUAAGCAAAAACAUAUUCUUAUAUCUAAUCCGAAUUACUUUUUGAAAAAUUCGAAAAAUAAUAAUAUAUAUAAAAGGAGCAAUGAUAUUAAUAGUUGUAAUAAUAAGUUUUUAACAAAGAAAAAUAAUACAACAGUUAACUGCAAAAACAAAUUAAAUUCAAAUAAUAUAUUUUAUAAUAAAAAAGAUAGAUGGAAAUCUGCUUCAAAUGGAAGCAUUACUGAUGAAUAUGAGAUAACACAUACCGGAGCUUUAACUGAUUCUUACAUAUAUCAUUUAAAUAACAUUAAUAAAAUAUCGAAACAGAAAAACAAAAAAAGUAAAUUAAAAAAUUAUAAAAUGAAUGAAGAUGAUAUUUUAUACUUAAGAAAAAAUGAAAAUAAUGAUUUAAAAAAAAUAUACACAAUAAAAGAAAGCGACAAAACUAGUGAAAAUUAUAGAAAAGAAGACAAAAUAAAAUAUUCAAAUUGUAAUGAAAAUAUAAAUGCAGACAAUUCAAAUAAAAUAAAGGAAAAACGUAGUAAAUCAGUGCUAUCAAAUGAAAAUUGUAAACACCUAUUUAACAAUAAGCUAAUUAUGUCAAAUUCAAACAAAACGAAAAUUAUCAAUGAUAAUGAUUUCAACAUAGAAAAUGAAACAUUUUUAAAAGGAACUAAUUUUGACAAUAAUAAAAAUGAAAUGAAUAGUGAAUUUAAUAACAAAAGUAGGAACAAAAUGAAUGUCAAUUCUAAUGGAAAUAUGGAAAAAAAUAAAGAGAAUAAUAGUCCUACUGAAAAGAAUACCAUUAAAAAGGAUAAUUUUUUAGAAUCAUCUCCAAUGAAAAACAUACCUAAUAAUUCUAUUAAUAAUAAUAAAAAUAAUGUAGGAAUUAAUGUUAGAAAUAUUAAUUUUGAUAACAUCAAAAAUAGUAUAGAAAGUUACACAACAAUUAAUUGUACUGAUAAUUGUCAAAAUAGUUUAUUAUCUAAUAAUGAAAAGGUAGAUAAUUUAUAUAUUAAGACGGAUGAUACAAAAGAAAAUAAAGAUAUUCUUCCAUGGAAUAAAGAUAAUAUAGUUAAGUUAAAUAUAAAGAAUAACUCGAAAAAAAAAAAAAUUAUAACAAUAAAUACUAAAUUAGCUCGAUAUGAAAGAGUGUUAAUACAUACAUGCAUAAAUAAAUUAAAUUGGAAAAAAUGUACUGAUAAUUUAAAUAAAGGUAUUUUUUUCUGGAUAGGUUAUAAUAUUAAUGAUUUUGAUCACUAUAAUUAUAUGAAAAAGAAAAAAAUUAUAAAUAGAAUACCAUCUAUAUAUAUGUACACUAAAAAAAAAGCAUUAACUUUUUUGUUGUCUCAUUUAUCUGUUAUUUAUCCUUCUUUAUAUGAUUUUUAUCCUAAUACUUUUGUAUUGCCUGAAAAUAAAAAUAUUAUUAAAUAUAUUUUAAAUAAUAAUAAUAAAGAUUUUUAUAUAAUGAAGCCAGAUAAUGGUAGUAUGGGAAUUGGUGUAAAGUUAAUUCAUAAAUAUAAUGAUAUUAAUGUCAAUAUAUUAAAUGGAUAUAAUUGUUACAUAAUACAAAAAUAUAUUGAUAAUCCUUUAUUAAUGUAUAAAAAGAAAUUUGAUUUUCGUAUUUACAUUUUACUUUUACCAGGAAAAAAUUAUCCAAAAAUUUAUUUAUCUAAAAUUGGUUUUGCAAGAUUAUGCACUGAAGAAUAUAAAAAAAAGAAAAGAUAUAUUUGUAAUUCUUUUGUUCACUUAACUAAUUAUAGUAUUAAUAAGGAUAAUGAAAAAUAUAUAAGAAAAAAAAAUAUACACGAUAAAAAUAACAAUAAACAAUUGUUAAGUGAUGUUUUUAUUUAUUUAAAAAAUAAUGGUUAUGAUAUAGACGAUAUUUGGAAACAGAUAAAAAAAAUAAGCUGUUUAACAUCUUUAGCAAUAUAUUCCUAUAUAAAAUCUAAAAUCAAAUAUAAUUUUAAAAAUAACUUUUAUUUUUAUCAAUUGAUUGGUUUAGAUAUAUUGUUAGAUAAUACAGGAAAAGCAUGGCUAUUAGAAGUUAAUUCUAAUCCUUCAUUAAGAAUAGAUUAUUUAGAUCCAAAUUAUACUUAUUUUGAAAUACAAUUAGAAAGUAUGUUCGAUAGGUAUGUAAAAGAGCCAGUAAUAAGUGAAAUGUUUUUAAUAGUUUAUAAAAAAAUUUAUAAAAAAUAUUUAAAAAAAAAAAACAAAAAUAGUAUAUGUAUUAAUAACAAAAAUGAGAAAUCUGAGAAACAAAAUAUUAAAAGUGAUAAUAAAAUAAAAUCGUCAAAAAUAGUUUUACAAGAUAAACCUAUAAAUUGUUCAUUCACUUUAAAUAAUAUACAAUCGAAAAUUUUUGUUGAAAAUAAAAAAUAUCCUGAAGAUGAAAAUAUUUUUAUGAAAAAAAGAAAUUCUUAUUCUGUUGUAGAUUGUAAUAAAAUAAAUAAAACAAAUUCUUACAUUUUAAAUAAAGACUUAAAUAAAAAUAAAAUCUGUGUAAAUAAUAUAAAAAAAAGUUUUUCAUCUAUGGUUCAUAAAAGUGGUCGUAAUGAAAUAAAUAUUUGUGGGAACAAUUCUUUAACUAAAAGUCAGGGUAGUAACAUUGGAAUUAACAAUUUGAUAAAAAAAAAAAAAAACAAUAAAAAAAGUUUGCUUUUAAAAAAGGAAAAUAUGAGUAACAUUGAUACCUGUGUUGAUGAAAAUGAUAUUGAUAUUGAUAGUUUCAGUUCAUCCAGUAAUAUUGAUACUGAUAAAAAUAAAAUUGACGAACAUAUUUUUCACGAAUCAUGUAAUACAAAUAACGAUACUUAUGAAAAAAAUGUUGUUUUGAAGAACAAAAAAUGUGAUAUUUUUUUAAAUGAUCAAUUAAAUUUUUUGAAAAAUAAAAAGGAAAUAGAUGAACAAAAACAAGAAAAAAACGGAGAAGUUAUAGAAAAGGAAGAAAUAAUAGUAGAUAAAGAUACACUAAAAUUUAAUAAUACUAGUAAAGAAAAAAAAAAAAAUUGUUUGGGAAAUAGUGAAAAAUUUCAUAAAAGUAUAGUUAAUAAUAAUUCAAGAAAAAAAAAUUUUAGGAAAAAUUAUAAUAAUAGUGAUUAUUCCGAUGAAAGCUGUAAUAGCAAUAUGAAAUUUGUGAGAAGUAAUUUUGUAAAUUGUUUUGAUGAUAUUUAUGAUAAUUCGAUAGAUGAUAAUGACAAAAAUAUAUCAUUAAAUUUUCUUAAUAUGGGCAUUUGCCCAAAUAAUAUAGAUAAUAAUGAAAUAACUAAUUCUGAAUCAAAUACAUAUAACAACUCUCUUAAAAAUAAAGAUCUAUUAAUAGAAUCAAAUAUUUUAAAUAAAGAGACAUAUGUUCAAAUAGGAAAUCAAGAAGAUAUUCAGUUUGAUAAAUUUUUAAAUAAUGAUGUAGAAACAUAUAAAUCAAUUUAUAGAAAUAUUAGUGAUAACCUUUAUAAAAAAAAAAUUGAAAACUUAAUUAUGAUAAGAAGUAAUUUAUAUAAAUAUAUGAACUGCUUAAAUGUUCUUGGAAUUAGAUAUAUUAAUAAAGAUAUAGAAAAUUUAAAUGAUUUAUACAAUAAAAAUGUUACAUUUGAUUUAAAAAAGACAUAUACGAAAAUUAGAAAAGAUAUUUUACAUCCGUUAAAAAAUAAUGUAUUAGAAAAAAAUGUGUACAUAAAUUUAAAAAAAGAAACAAGGAAUUUUUAUGAUGAAAUGAAAAUAUAUAAUAUCUGUUACUUUUUGUUUGAUUUUAUAUUAAAAAAAUAUGAUAAUAAUUUAAAAAAAAAAAAUAAUAAAUUUGAGUAUUAUAUAGAUAAAAACACUUUUUUAUGCAUGUGUAAAGAUAUAAAAAUAAAUAAAAUAAUUGAAAAUAUUGAAGUACCUACAAAUAUUUACAAUAAAUUUUAUGAAAUAAAUAAAAAUUCUCAUGAAAAUCAUAUGCAUCAUAUUAUUAAAGAAGUUUUUAAAAAUAAAAAUCAUUACAAAAAAGAAAAUGAAAAAGAAAAAAAUAUAAUACCUGAUGUAAAUUGUUCAAAUAACUUUAAUUUUUUAAAUAAUAACGACUCAUCAAAUAUUUCUGAUGAACAUAACUAUAAUGACAAAAAAAAAAAAAAAGAAGAGAGAAAGUCAUAUAUUUUUCAAAGAAAGCCUUUAAAAAAAGUUGAUUCAACAAAUAAUAAUGAAAACAUAAACGAGAAUAAUAAAAAUAAUCAUAUAUUAAAUAAAGAUAUAGGCAAUAAUAGCUCAUAUUACUCAACGGUAUUUUGUCCUUUUUCUUUUGGGUCAACUAAUAAUUUAGUUAAUUUUAAUUCUAUAGGAAUAAAUAAAGUGAAUUAUAAAAGGAAAAAAAAAAUGAAUGUGUAUGAUUUAGAAUACUUAUUUACAAGACAAGUAUCCUUUAGUAAAUAUAUUAACAAAAAUCAAGGGUUAACACUUAUUGACUUUUUUUUAUUAAUGCAGCAAUUAGCAUUAUUAAUAUUUCCAUAUAUCAAUUACUUAAGCAUUUAUAAUUCAAUAUAUCCAUAUAACAGCAUAAUUUUUGAAGAACUAAAUAAUCAAGAAAAUAACAUAUUUGCAACCAUAUCUAAUGAUAAAGGAAUGAAUAAUUUAAAAAAAAAUUCAAGAAAUAUAAAAAAAAUAGAGAAAGAUCAAGAUAAUGACAAUAAAGGGAAAAAAGAAAAUAAAUGUAAUAUGAAUAAAUUAAAAAAAGAUGUAAAAGAAACUCAAGAAAAAAAAAGAGAUCAACUAGGUGCUCGUUUUAAUUCAGAAGAGAUCAGAAAAAUUGAAUUCAAAAGUUCAACUAACAAACAUGAAGAAAAAAAAAAAGAUAAUUAUUUAUGGCAUAAAAAUAUUUGUAAUAAUAUUUACAAUCUAUAUGAAUAUAUUCAAAUUAGUGUCAAUCCUAAUGUUAAAAAUGUUUGCUUAGAAACAUUUCUAACGUUCAUUUUUAAUAAAUAUGGAAUAUCAUAUUACUCAUAG